GAUCAGUAGGACGUUCAAAAUAAUUGAAUUUAAAACCGCGACUACAGUUUUAUUUGUGUCCCUUCAAAUACAGCUCGAAUAGGCAACACACACACAAAUCGGUGGUGGACAAAACUAAUUGUUUUUUCGAGUGAAGUUCGAAGUGAAGUUCUGCAAAAAAUUAUUUGCAUAUAUUUUUAACGCAGAAAAAAAACCGUCGGGACAAGAUUAUAAACAGUAUAGCAACGAAACUAACAAACAAACAACAAAGAUGAGGCCCUUUGGAAACGAUAUUACAAACUUUGGGUCCAAUAACAGUGGGGGCAAUGGGGGCGCAAACGGUGGCAACCGAGGAAACAACAACGGCGCCAGCAACGGCCGUGGAGGUAACAAUGCAACCAACAAUGAAACCAACAAUGAAGGCACAUCUGAUGGCACAACUGAUGCCACCACGAGAGGUGGAGAAGAUCACAAUGUCAGUGAUGAGAUCACACCAACCGACAGCUCAAAUGAGAGUUCCAACGAAAGCAUAGAAGAUCCACGGCUGCCAGCGCACAUAGCCCGUAUCGGGGGCAUCGCCACAUGCUCACCUAUUGCCGGACGAGGUAUCAUCCGUGUGGUGCAUCGCUGUGAGGAUGCCAAGGAAAAUGAGCAUUUGGACCUUUCCGAGUGCCAACUGAUGACAUUACCAGAUGCUGUUUACCACUUGAUGCGCAACACAGUGUUGAAGUCUUGCGACCUAAGUGGCAAUGAUCUCAAGUCUAUCACACCCAAAUUUACUCAGAAAUUCAGCGCCAUAACAGAUCUCAAUCUCUCGUCAAACAAUCUGUCGAGGCUGCCCGACGAACUUGCCAAUAUGACCGCCUUGGCAAAGUUGAACAUAUCCAGAAAUUCGUUUAUCGUUUUACCUCAAGUUAUCUUUAAGUUAGAGAGUUUGACACACUUGGAUGCUCAGGAAAACAAGAUAUAUGAAAUUGAUACCGAUGAGGCUAUAGUGAGCAAUACGCUGGUCGUUGUUGACCUGCGCAACAAUCCGCUGGGAAGCCUGUGCCGUCGCAAGCUGCAGAAUUUGGAGACAUCGUUCCGCCUAGAGAUUAGCAAUGAUGAUGAGGAUGACUGGUAGGCCAAUGCAUCAAUGUCAUACACGCACGUGCACGCACAAAGAACAAAUCUCCUCAUCUCGGGAAGGAUCCGGCUCCCUCAUCCUCUGAGCACCUCGUCUUCGUAUUUAUUCUGUUUAUAGUAUAUUUAACACACACAAACAAACACACAAACAAACACACAAACAAACACAAAAAUCGAUUGUUAUAAAAUAAUGAAUUAACGUUGGUAAGCCCAACAUUCUGGCUAUUAAAGAAAUGCAUACAUAAUGCACACAAUA